GGGGCGGCUGAGAGCAGAGGAGGCGACAGGUGAAUGAUUUACAGCUUCUGGUUUUUACCGUCCCACCUGUUCAACAUUAAAGAAACCGGGAGAUACUGAGAGAGGAAAUGCUCCGCUGUGUCCGACAGGUUCCGCUGUCCAAGUAAAAACAACAACAUUAGCUCAGAGUGGACAAAAAAAAAACGAAACCACGCCGCCGGAGCCCGGACUUAGCAGGUCAGUUGUUGUGAGAGGAGGAACUUCAGAGUUGGCGCCAUGUUGUCGGCGGAGGAGAUUCUGUGCAGCACGCAGCAGGUGAUCGCAGGGCUGGAGGCGCUGAGAGGAGAGAACCACAGCCUGCUGGAGGGCCUGCAAGAGGCAAUGGAGAGCCGGCCGGCGUCGGAGAGCGGCAGCGUGGAGCAGGAGAAGAGCGGCAUCAUCCGCCAAUCUCUGGAGAGGAUAGAGCUUGGGCUGAGCGAGGCACAGGUGAUGAUGUCAUUGUCGGCUCAUCUGGGAUCACUGGAGGCAGAGAAACAGAAGCUGCGAGCUCAGGUGCGUCGUCUCUGUCAGGAGAACCAGUGGUUGAGGGACGAGCUGGCCGGUGCUCAGCAGCGGCUGCAGGACCGGGAGCAGGAGGUGGUCACCCUGGAGGAGCAGAACAGACACCUGCAGUUCAUGUCCUCUAUACGCAAAUACGACCAGGAGGAGCCACAGCUGGAUGACAAAGACAUGUCCUCCAACAAGGAGUCUCUGGAUGAUCUCUUUCCCACAGAGGAUGAGGAGCAGUCACAGAUGUCCCAGCCUCACCACAGCAGUGCAGCAGCUGCAGCCCAGCAGGGUGGCUACGAGAUUCCCGCCCGCCUUCGAACGCUCCACAACCUGGUCAUCCAGUACGCAUCCCAGGGACGAUACGAAGUCGCUGUGCCACUCUGCAAACAGGCUCUGGAAGACCUGGAGAAGUCCUCAGGCCACACACACCCAGACGUAGCCACCAUGCUGAAUAUACUAGCGCUGGUGUAUAGAGAUCAGAACAAAUACAAAGAAGCAGCGAACCUGCUGAAUGAUGCAUUGGCGAUCAGAGAGAAAACUCUUGGGAUGGACCAUCCGGCUGUGGCAGCAACACUCAACAACCUGGCAGUGCUUUAUGGGAAAAGAGGAAAAUACAAGGAAGCAGAGCCGCUGUGUAAAAGAGCUCUUGAGAUCAGAGAGAAGGUUCUGGGCACCGACCACCCAGAUGUGGCUAAGCAGCUGAACAACCUGGCUCUGCUGUGUCAGAACCAGGGGAAGUACCAGGAGGUGGAGCAGUACUACGAACGCGCACUGCACAUCUACCAGAGCAAACUGGGACCAGACGACGCCAACGUAGCCAAGACGAAGAACAACCUGGCAUCAUGCUAUCUUAAGCAGGGGAAAUACAGACAAGCUGAGGCUCUUUACAAAGAGAUCCUGACCAGAGCACACGAAAAGGAGUUUGGAUCUGUAGAAGGAGAAGGUCGUCCCAGCUGGUCCGGAGCUGAGGAAGCCGGCUGCAGACAGGACGGACUCAGUAACCUGAAGCGCAGCGGCUCCUUCAACAAACUCAGAGAGUCGAUACGCCGAAGCAGCGAGAAACUAGUCCGCAAACUGAGAGGAGUUGGAAUGGAGGAAACCACCCCGAGGAAUGUUGGGAUGAAGAGGGCAAACUCUCUGAAUGUGUUAAAUGUUGGAGCCAGAGAGAGUCAAGAUGGCGCCCAGUCGAGCUGUUUGACAGACAUUCGAGGCCUGAGCUCCAGCACGCAGAGCCUGACAAGACGAGGUUCACUCGGUGGGACCAGCUAACACACACACACACACACACACACACACACACACACACACACCUUUUACAUGCAACAACUCUCAAAAUUAACUGGACAGAUGUUCAUACUCUGAAUGUUGCGAGAAAGAAACAUGCAGCCCUGUAUCAAUCGCUCAUAGCAGACAACACCAAAGUUCUUUGAAUCCCUUUAAGAAAAACUAAGAUAGUUGUCACGACUAAGUGACAAAAUCUAAUGCGCACACUUUUGUUCCGAUCACUCAAUUCAAAAGUAAUAACAAAUUAAUGUUUGCAUAAUAAUGACACGUUUGUCUCCAGUAAUGACCAAAAGUAAUUAGUCACAUAAUGACUAUACCUUGACAUAUUUACAUUGAAAAAUAACUUGUCCUUCCUGUUCAUUUUAAAUUCAACAUUGUUCCUUCCUGGGUUUUGAUUAGAAACAAAUUCAGUUUCCUCAUUACUAUUAACUAUUAACUCAAAAGUUAAACAAUAUGGAAACUUUGUUUUGUUGAACACAAAAAAUCUUAGACUGUCAUAAAACUCUUUUACAAGUUUACAUAAACCAGACCAUGUCAUUUGCAGGUUAAGUAAAGUCAACAGUAAUCUGUAAUAUAAUUGAUCUGAGGUUGCGUUACUCAUGGAACUGUUCCCUUUUUUAGGUACGUUUUUAAUAUCAACACUGAAAAAAAACUAUUCUUAUUUAUUUUUUUAAAUUAAAUUUGCAGUUAAACAGGCAAAUUGACAUUAAAGAUGAUCAUUUCAAACACAAAAGUUCUCUUUUGAGGAGCACAGGGACGUUCAUUUGUUUGCAAAAUGAUCAAAAAUGUGAUGUUUGUCAAAAUGUAAAUGUUACAGUUGGUUUACGAGGGAGAAGUUCAGCUUAUAAGUUUAUACUGUUAAAGAAAUGUACUUAAAUGUGAUAAGUGCUUUUGCCUUUAAAAAUGUGCACGUCAUUCAAUUUAUAGUUUCGUAUUUCCAGAUGAUAAUCAUAAAAACACAGAUGUGUUUACUUAAGCUGUUUUGCACCACAGUCCAGUUCUGUCAUUCCAUAUUGUGAAAAUAAGGACCAACUUUUUUGUAUCUUGACUAAAGUUAAGAAAUCCAAAAUGUGAUAGGCUCCACCUUGUAAACAACCAACACCAGCUCUACUAAAGGAUUUACACACUUCAAUAUUCAGCAAAUUACAAUAUUCACUAAUUAUGCAUUUGUUGCAUGCUAAGUUUUUAACCAUCUAUUCUAAAUAGUUUUAAGCUAUAUGGAUACCUAAAGUUUUUGUUGUGUGCCUUGGAUUGAAGUUAAGUGACUCACUCCAACUAAAAUGUGACAGAGCUGUACCAUUUAUUCAAAGCCACACUCUGUGUAGGAUUUAAAAAAAAAAAAAAUCUUUCUUUUGUGCCCCUCAGUUGUAUCCAAGACAUGUGGCAGACAGCAAAGCAUGUCACACAAACUGAAUAUGAAGUAAAUUGUAAAGCCGACUGUAAAGAGGCGAAUUGCUCUAGGGGGCACAAAUUUUGCAUCAGUAAGUUCAAAGUGUCUCAGCAAACAAGCUUAGACGAGCCAAAUAGAUACUAUUUGCCCAAAGCCAAAAGCAGACAUGGGCACAAAGUUAGUAGCUAAUGUGUGAAGAAGGUCAAAACAUCUAGCAGCUAAAGGGUGAACUAGAGCUACAAGGAGAGUGAAUAAUGGACUAGAUGGGCGAAAACUACACUCCAGUAGGAUACACAGGGCCACGUGUGCAUGUGAUGCAGGGGUUGCCAGAUGUUUGGAAAUACAAAAAUCCAAACUAUUUUUGAUUUUUUUUGGGGGGGGGGGAUCUGACCCAUGAAAGCAGCUUAACAUAGACUGAAUGAAGAUCAACUGAGGCACAGGUAAUGUCCUUAAACCUGCAGUAGCUAAUUUUUUUUUUGGCCACAUGGGGGCAGCGAAAACAAGUUGUGAACAGAACAUUGACAGUUCAUCACCUUUUAAGUUGAUAUCGUGAACUUGUUACCAAACAGUUGCUUAAUCAUGUGUCGGGCCACCUCACGAAUACAAGUCUAGUAUUCAUGAUGUCUUAGCUCUGUUUUUGGUCUCCACCAACUCCUGAGGGAAAUAUCUGGCUCUUUAGCUGCUAAAUGCUCCACUAUGAUCACUAGCUAGU